AUGAGCGCGCAAUCUCCAUCCUACAGCCGAAACCCUGGCCUCGUGCGACGCUCCUCCAUCGGCUCCCGUCUUUCCUUUGCCGUGUCGACGGCUGAACAAGGCGCUGCUGCUAUUCCGCCGCCAGGAGAGGCGCAGAUUGAGGAGGAAAUUGUAGAAAUCAAGAGAUAUGAGGACUUUACAACCAUAGACUGGGUUCAAGAUGCCUCUCGCGAACAGGCGCGACGAAAAACAAGGCAGAAACGAGCGGCGAGCUUAUACGACCGCGGACAGCAGAGCUGGCGGUAUCGACUCUGGGCCUCGUAUGACGCUGCGCAGGGCUGGAUCGUCGUCACCAUCAUUGGCGCAGCGAUUGGGUUGAACGCAGCAUUUUUGAAUAUCGCCACCGAGUGGCUGUCUGAUGUCAAGUUGGGUCACUGCACAACGGCCUUUUAUCUGAAUGAGAAGUUUUGCUGCUGGGGAGAAGACAAUGGGUGCCCUAAUUGGCAUCGGUGGACGGGUUUUGGGCCGUUCAACUACUUUAUAUAUUUCAUGUUCGGGACUUGCUUUGCAUUUGCAGCUGCUAUCCUUGUCAAGUUCUUCGCACCGUACGCCGCCGGGUCUGGCAUUUCCGAAAUCAAAUGCAUCAUUGCAGGCUUUGUGAUGAAGGGGUUUCUCGGCUUCUGGACUCUGGUCAUCAAGUCCAUAGCGCUUCCGCUGACCAUAGCAUCUGGUCUGUCUGUCGGCAAAGAAGGCCCCAGCGUUCACUACGCCGUCUGCACCGGCAACGUCAUUUCACGACUAUUCACCAAGUAUCGGCGCAAUGCGUCCAAGACACGAGAGAUCCUGAGCGCCUGUGCUGCGGCUGGUGUCGCAGUCGCCUUUGGCAGCCCCAUCGGAGGCGUACUCUUCUCCCUGGAAGAAAUGUCGAACCACUUCCCGCUCAAGACCAUGUGGCGAAGCUAUUUCUGUGCAUUGGUGGCCACGGCUGUUCUCUCGGCCAUGAAUCCCUUCCGCACAGGACAGCUCGUCAUGUUCCAGGUCAAGUAUGAUCGGGACUGGCACUUUUUCGAAAUUGUCUUCUACAUCAUCAUAGGCAUCUUUGGCGGCCUUUACGGCGCCUUUGUCAUCAAAUGGAACCUGCGAGCACAGGCGUUCCGCAAGAAGUACCUCGCCAAGUAUGCGGUCCUUGAAGCCACCCUGUUGGCUGCUGCAACAGCCGUCAUUUGCUAUCCCAAUGCCUUUCUGCAAAUCGACAUGACGGAGAGCAUGGAGAUCCUGUUCCUGGAGUGUGAAGGCGCGGAGGAUUACCACGGACUUUGCGAGCCAGACAAGAGGUUCUGGAACAUUGCGUCCUUGAUCCUUGCCACCGUUUUGCGCAUACUCCUUGUUAUCGUCUCGUAUGGCUGUAAAGUUCCUGCGGGUAUUUUCGUGCCCUCAAUGGCCAUCGGAGCGUCGUUUGGGCGCACCGUCGGCAUCGUCGUCCAGGCCAUCCACGAAGCGAACCCCAAGAGCAUAUUCUUCGCAGCCUGCAAGCCGGACGAGCCCUGCAUCACACCCGGAACGUAUGCGUUUCUCGGAGCCGGUGCCGCGCUCAGUGGCAUCAUGCACAUCACGAUUUCCGUCGUCGUCAUCAUGUUUGAGCUGACGGGGGCGCUGACGUAUAUCCUACCCACCAUGAUUGUGGUCGGCGUCACCAAGGCCGUCAGCGACAUGUUUGGCAGGGGCGGCAUCGCCGACCGGAUGAUAUGGUUCAACGGGUUCCCGUACCUGGACAACAAGGUAGAACACAACUUUGGCGUCCCCGUGUCGCAGGUCAUGAGGACAUCGGUCGUGUCCGUGCCGGUCAGUGGGAUGACGCUCGCCGACCUGGAAGCCCUACUCUCAGAGGACGAAUAUCAAGGCUUCCCCGUUGUGGAGGACAGGUCGUCCAAGAUUCUAGUAGGGUACAUCGGACGACCUGAGCUCCGCUACGCAGUCGACCGCGUCCGCCGCGAAAGACCAGUCGGUCCCAACGCGAGAUGCACGUUCGCACCACCACCCGCCGUCGCCUCGAACGGCGCCACGCCGGUCACGCCCAGCACCACGACAGGCACAGACUCCACGUCCUCCACAUGCCUCGACUUCAGUCGCUACAUGGACGCCACACCUGUCACGGCUCACCCCAGACUGCCCCUCGAGACUGUCAUGGAGCUCUUCCGCAAGAUUGGCCCGCGCGUCAUCCUCAUCGAGUACCACGGCAAACUGACGGGCCUGGUGACGGUGAAGGACUGUCUCAAGUAUCAGUUCAAAGUGGAGGCAGCUGAGAAUCCCAAAGACGACCACCGCAUCAACCAAGGCCAGGAGCAGCUCUGGGCAGCGUUCCGCAAAGCGGGCCACUGGGUAGCGGGCCAUGUAUCGACCAUGUCGAGGGGCAGGAUACGCCUAAGUGGCGAUGAGGACCUGAUGCGAGCCCGCGGUGCCAUCCUCGACGGGGACGAGGACGCGGCCGACGAAGGGGUAGAGCUAGAAAGUCGAAGAUGA